UGAGGCAGCCGCCCCAGACAGAGGAAGAGUAACUCUGGAAACGGUGUUAUCAGCAUCCUCCGUGGACUUCCUCACCUCCUCUCCAGCCCCAUUAGCCCCAAGCUCCUUAGCAUCCUCAAACAGAAAUUGGGGAAGCUGAGAUGGGGUCAUUGCCCCGGACCCAGCCCCCUCUCUUUUGCCAAGCCCUAGCCCUGCGCAGCUCUGAGUGAGCAGCUGAAGGCUGCGGGCGGGAAUCUGGAGCGGGAGAUGGAGCCCCAGCUUCGGCCCAAGGCUGUCGGCCUCUGCCCGGGCCGCCUGGUGCUGCUGCUGUGGGUCUCAGCCCUGAGCUGUUCUCUUUCCUCGCUGGCUUCUCCCUCUCCUUCUCUGGUGCCCCGAAGCAGAACCAGCUACAGUUUUGGAAGGACUUUCCUCGGUCUUGAUAAAUGCAAUGCCUGCAUCGGGACAUCAAUUUGCAAGAAGUUCUUUAAAGAAGAAAUAAGGUUUGACAGCUGGCUGGCCUCCCCCCUUGGACUGCCUCCCGACUACCUGCCUUCUUACCCUGCAAAUUACUCGGAUGAUUCCAAAACCUGGCGCCCCGUGGAGGUCUCCAGGCUGGCCAGCAAACAGCAGAGUGACAUCUCGGACAGGAGAAUCUGCGCCUCUGCGGCAGCCCCAGAAACCUGCAGCAUCGAGCGCAUCCUGCGGAAAACCAGGAGGUUCCAGAAAUGGCUGCAGGCCAAGCGCCUCACACCGGAUCUGGUGCAGGGCCUGCCCAGCCCCUUCCUGCGCUGCCCGUCGCAGCGACUCCUGGACCGCGUGGUCCGGCGCUACGCGGAGGUGGCCGACGCUGGCAGCAUCUUCAUGGACCACUUCACUGACCGAGACAAGCUGCGUCUGCUCUACACCCUCGCUGUCAAUGCUCAUCCCAUCCUCCUACAGAUCUUCCCCGGCGCCGAGGGCUGGCCGCUUCCUAAGUACCUGGGCUCCUGCGGCCGAUUCGCGGUCAGCACCAGCACCAGCCCGCUGCGCGACUUCUACGGCGCCGCCCCGGAACAGGCGGCCGACCUGGCCUUCCAGCUCCUCGCCGUCCUGGAGUCCCUGAGGAGCAACGACCUGAACUACUUCUUGUACUUCACCCACGUCGACGCGGGCACGUUUGGCAUCUUUAACAACGGGCAUCUGUUCAUCCGGGAUGCCAGCGCCUUGGGCGUCAUCGACAAGCAGGAAGGCAGCCCGGCAGCUGCCGGGGCAGUAGGAGAGAGUAGAGACAUCUUUAGCUGCCUGCUUUCCGGCUGCCAGGCUGAGCUGCCCUCCUGCUACACAAUCCCAGAGAAGCAGAGCCUGGUGCUCGUGUGUCAGCAGCUGCUACCUCCGCUCCUCCAGGGGAAGUUCCCCUCCCCAGUGCAAGAGGAGAUAGACACCGCCCUCCGCCAGUGUGGGGAGGACUCCCUCCCUGACCCUGAAGUCCUUGGGGCCGCCAGCCGGCUGAAGGACAUCUUGAGGCCCCUGAGAACCUGUGAUCCCAGAUUUGCCUACCGUUACCCAGACUGCAAAUAUAACGAUAAGUUCUGAGGGGCUGGAUCCUUGCCGGCCUUGGGGAACAACAUUCCUGGCCCUCCCUUGCCCAGGAGAGUAGCUGCAGGGUUGAAAGAAGCAGCUGCAUCCUGGGACAUUUGGAGAGAUGGGCUUCAUUUUCCAGGAACAGAGGAACACUCUGACAACCAGAGGGGAGUCGGCUGCACGGCGCGGUUGCCCCUAUUGGCUACAGCGUCACAGAGAAGCCUGGGGCUGGGCGGCAGAAGACCCAACCACGACCACAGACACUCACUGGACCUUGCUGAGCCCUGGUGUCCUCUGUUCUCCGGCAGACUCUCAAGUUACUGAAAAAAGAUAGAGAUGUGAAGGGCCAGGGACACGUAUAAGAGGUUACAAAGAGUGUUCCAGAAUCGUGUACAGGCAGGACACAUAGGAGAGAGCCGUGGAGGUAGAGGUUGACAUAGAGGGAAGGCAGGGGGAAGGUGAGGCCCCUGGCCAGGACCGUAUCAGACUUAAACAAGAAGUGCCCCCUCCCUGCUCCCCGUGCCUUUGCACUAGCCCUUCUGCCACACUUCCCACACUGCCACAGUGUGUGGGGACUGCAGGCUGAGGAAACACAUGGACAGGGCCACACUCUGGGUGCCUAGGGUCCUGUGUGCUCCUAUGAGGUACCUCGUGAUGUGGGAAGGAGCCCCGGGUGAGAAGAGAUGAGCUGUGGGCUAUGGGCCAAUGUGUUCUUCCGGGACCUCUGAGAAGCAGGUGUCAGGACAAGGGCAAGACGGGCAAGGAUCGUAUAGGAUCCCUGCAUAGAAGGGAAGAAGGAGGUAUUGCCGAUCUGAGCCCAAGUGAGGGAGAGAAGGUCAGAGGGGGCAUUCUAUGACUGGCAUCGGUGCUAUCUGAAGGAAGGUUCCACAAGGCCUUGCUGCACUCCAUUCCUGGCAGGGAACAGCCCGUGGGAAGCGUGGCCUUGGCCUCACCGCAAAGACAGAGUUCAGAGUGCACCAUAGGGCCCACAGCCUGCUCUGCUCCCUGGAGCAGGAAGCCUGAGCAGGACACAGCAGCCACAGUUGGGGCCCCAGGCCAGCUCUGUCCCCACCACAGCCUCCAGUGUUGCAGUCGAAGGAGUCUGAGAAUUUUCACUCAAACUUGGCCUUAGGAGUCAUUGCAACAACAUUUUUUCAAGGCCAGCCAACAGAAUGUAUUUUAUUCAACAGUUUGUUAGUUUCCUUUAUACCUUUGAAAUAUUUAGUCACAUGGUAUGUGGGCCUCCAUGUGGAUUCUUGCCCUGGCCCCUUAAGCCUUAGUGGGGGCUCUCUGGACCUUUGUCCAGCCUCCCUGUCAGCUCUCUACCUUUAGGGACCUCCCAGUCAGCCUCCUCUCUUCCCCUCUGAAUAGGUACCUUUAGGUUAGAAUGCUGGACUUAAUAGCUCUCAUACUACAGAUGGGGAAACUGAGGCCCGGGAAGAAGAGCAACUUGCUGAGAUAGUCCUUGCUCCUCUUGCCUUCCUCUUUGGCUGCUGAUCCAUACCCUGUCCUACCCAGUUUAGGUCCCUUCAUUCACGUUUAAACAUGGGCCAUGAAAAGUCCUAUCUCAUUGUCCACUAGGUUGCUUGUCUUGGGGGGUUUGCCUUUUGACGGCUCCAGGCACUAACUCCUAGGGCAACUAUGAUAGCAAGGAUGGCAGGCCAAGCUUCUGAAAGGGCAGGCCUGGGCUGCCUGACAGUCUUUGAGACAGUUGCCUUCUGGCUCGGUUUGGAGGGGCGAGGACUGACCACCUUUCCUAACACCUGUCUUUCCGCCCAGUGAAUCUGGUUUGUGACUUCUGGCCUUCAGAAGCACAAGAGGAAAGUUUUCUGUUGGUUGAUGCCACCCAUUUUGUUGUAAUAUGUUAAGGCAGCCACAGGAAACUGAGACACACCCCGAACCCUGUCUUAUUGUCUGCUUGGAGAGAAUGCAACUUGCAGUAUUCCCCAAGGCUGGUCUAUAGUGAUGGGUUCAAAGGCCCGGCCCGGCCCAACCAUGAGGGAGUGUGCUAUGCCAUCUGUUCCCGGGGCUGAGACUCAGAUGGUUCCAUUUC